GGCUGCAGGAGCCCACGGGAUAGCACAGCGGGAAGCUUGACAGAGGCAGUGGGCUGGAUUCGGGUGCUUCCCCAGGGCUCAUCCCUUCUCCUCCUCACACCUUUCUCUCUGGGUUUAUUGUCAUCAGCCAUACCAGGCAGGGGAGAGAUGGAGGGAGGGGAGGAGGCGUUCAGCUCGGUGCCUCCUCUCAUAACCUGUGCCUGACCAAUCUGCCUCCCGAGGGGCUGUAGGGAGCUCCCCAGCCCUGGCAUCUCCUCACCCCUCCCCGGCACGCGGAGAGGGAUGGUGGAAAGGGGGGGAGGAGGGAGAGAGAGGGACUGACAGCAACUGCCCUUUCUCCAGGAGGGGUCGAGAGAAGUGAAAACCUCCUAAGCUCCUUCCCUUGGGUGUUUCGGAGCAGACCCUGCUUGCCUGGCAGGGUGACUCCUCUGCACUGUCUCUGCGCGCUCCUAUGCGCGUGCUGCUGCCAUCGCAGAUGUACCCCCAGCUGUCACUUCGCCGCGCGCAGUCGCUCCCUCUCCCGCCUCUCUCUCUCUCUCCCUCUCCUCUAUUUAUUAUUUACGGAGGAUUACAGUCCCUUUCCCACGCUGCCAUCUCGCCGUGCGGCUCCUCUGCCCUCCACGCAGGGUGAGUGGCUGGCUAGGAGGGGCUCCUGCCAGCUAGGGUCCACCGAGAGCCCAGCUGGCAACGGAGGGACUUUCUGCUGGAUUUGUUUUGGGAUUGUACCGGGUUCGCUGGAAGAGCUGCCGUUCUCACAGGAGGGUCCAUCCCAGCCUGAGAGAGGGAGUUAAAUAGAGCACACGGAAAGCCUGCUGCCGGGGAGUGAAAGUCAAGGAGGGAGAGGGAAGGAAGAGGCUGUAAUUGGGCAGUGCCCGGGGAAUUGGUGGAAGUGGCUGCGGGCAGAGCCCCUCCAGGACCUGGCAGGCAGGCUACAAGGUCAUUCCUCCUCCCUUUGGGGCCGUGUGCCAGGCUGGCUGGUGGAUGUGAAGACACGCUGGAGAAGACAACAAUGCUGCCUACAACUGCCGGCCACCGGUGGAGGAGCAGGUUCCUCAUGAGGUGGCAAGAGGCUUGUCUGCUUGGCUGUUGGCUGUCUCUAUGUGCUGCCGAGUCCUUCUUUGCUUGUCCUUCCUCAUGCAAGUGUAACAGUGGCAACCUGGAAGUGGACUGUAGUGGCUUGGGCCUCUCUUCCAUCCCCUCAGACAUCCCCACAAACACCAGGACCUUCCUCUUUCUCAACAACAAACUCAGCAUCCUGCCGGGAGCAGUGUUUUCCAACCUCUCUGCCCUACAAAGGCUGGAUCUAUCCAACAACUUCUUGGACCAGCUCCCUCAGAACAUCUUCAGCGACCUGGGGAACCUCACGGAGCUCCAUCUGAGGAACAACAGCAUCCGGGCCUUGGACAAGGACCUGCUACAGCACACAGCCCUGUUGCGCCAGCUGGAUCUCUCCAUCAACGGCCUGGCCCAGAUACCCUCGGGCAUCUUUGACGACCUGCCUGCUCUCCGCUCCCUCUCUCUCAGGUCCAAUCGCCUGCAGAGCCUGGACAGGGUGACCUUUGAACCACUAACCAGCCUGCAGCAACUCCAAGUUGGGGAUAACCCCUGGGAAUGUGACUGCAACCUCCGAGACUUCAAGCACUGGAUGGAGUGGUUCUCCUACAGAGGUGGGAAAAUCGACCAGCUGGCAUGUACCCUGCCCAAGGAGCUGAAAGGGAAGGAUAUGAGAAUGGUGCCCAUGGAGAUGUUUAACUACUGCUCCCAGCUGGAUGAUGAGAACAGCUCUACAGUGCUGGACAAUACUGGCCCACCCUGCACUAAAGGAAGCCCAACUCCUUCCAAAUCUAAAUCAGGCCCAGAAACAGAAGUGGAGCCCAGUGUGGGAUGUCCUCAGAAACAGCGAUAUAGGCCUGUGAGCGUGCGCCGGGCUAUUGGCACUGUUAUCAUCGCAGGGGUGGUUUGCGGCAUCGUUUGCAUCAUGAUGGUGGUGGCAGCUGCUUAUGGUUGCAUCUAUGCCUCCCUUAUGGCCAAGUACCACCGGGAGCUGAAGAAGAGGCAGCCACUCAUGGGUGACACAGAAGGUGAACAUGAAGAGCAAAAACAAAUCUCUUCUGUGGCAUGAAACUCUUCUAGGAAGGAACGGACAGCAAUGAACAAAGGUACCGGAGAGCAGUCAAGCAUGGGGUCCUCCCAAAAUACAUCCUCCCAGACAGACAGACAGACUGUGCUAUUGCUCCACUCACCCAAGUAGUGCAACAUGCUUCUGGGGAGUCAGGGCACCUGGCUCAAUUUCUGUUCCUCUGCCCCAGGCCCAUUUCGUGCCCUUUCACCCUUGGGCCCUCCCAGACAAAUAAAGUAGAGUCAGACCUCGAGUGCUUGCUGUGCCUCAUGCCCUUGCACAGAGUUUCCCUCACAUGCCUGCUGUGGAGGCAGCUGGCACCUUCUGGGAACCUGUGUCAUCCUCUCAGCUUCGGUCCUGAGUCGUCCUGUAUCCUGUCAAGAGCUCUCUGCAAACAGAGAGCAGUUCUGUGAAAGCUUAUGUGAGGAGCAGGACAUCAGAAAUGUCCAUGCCUCUCUGUUAGGGUCACUGCUGUUGUGUGACAGUAAGUUGCUGCCCACCCUACAAGUCAGUGCUGCCGAGAACACAUCAGAAGGGAGGGAAAGUCCCUAGGGGAUGACAACAGUCGGGGGAGAUUUCCCUUCUCACUUUUAAAGGUGGAAAGAUACCCGUAUCACUCAAACACACUGCCAGGGAGUGCAGUGUCCCUCUUUUUGCUCCUGGCCAAGUCCAAAUCUGCAAGCUGACACACAUAUCAUCUGCUAUAUGUGCACAGAUACAGAGCUGUCCUCCUGUACACACACACACUGACUCAUUCUGAUGCCAACACACAGGCACAGUCAGACCCAGCUCCAGACACGCCACCUGUGCAUGCAGAUCCACAUGUGCCCAUGCUGAUCUGCCCUCUGCAUGCAGCCAUGAAUACAUUCAGCCAUUUUACCUUAGUCUUAUCAAAACAGUGCAUACCACCUCCUGCUUCAAACAAAAUACACGCACCCUGCCACUGAGGAGCCAACAGAAACAUCUCAGCCAUAGUACAGAGCCAGUGGAAAUGGGUGGGAGAGGAUGGAGAGAGGCAAAGUUAUUAAGGUUACAGCAUGAGUUUGUGGAAAUGAGUACGCAGCAUGAAAAAAAUAAGGUGUGUUCUUGUUUUCUAUUUUGUUUUCUAUGAUAAAUGGAGAGGUUAAGGAAGGAUAUGAAGCCUCCAUCUGGAAAUGUUGGAUUGGCAGAGCACAAGUGGGUCAUCAGGAAAGACUAGAGGAGGAGGCGGCUUACCACUCUUGGUAGUGUAAGCCAUGCUGAGGAGUAGUGUGAGCCUAUGGGAAGGUGGUGGGAGAAGACACAACCCAAGAGCUGGCAUGGCUGGCGGAGCGGCAGGCACAGUGUAUGGAGCAGGGUUAUGCAGCUGGGGUGACUGAAGAGAUGGGGCACAGUUCUGGAGGGUCUUGAGAUGAAGGCUCAAACCUGGACCACAGCAUGGCACAGGUGGGAGAGCCCAGAGCACAGGUGGGAGACUCCAGCACGGUAGGCAGCACAGCCCGCAUACGCUCCCCUCACCAUGACUCUGUGUUCACUGCCAUCCAUAGCUGCACAUGAGUGUGCCCACACACACAACUGCGCACACUGCCACUGUCAUGUAGAGUGACUUCCCCCAACCAGAUUUUAAAGCUCUCAGACUGCAGUGUCUCCUAUUAGUCUUGGCUCUUUCUGACACAACAGGAAAAAAAAAAAAAAAAAAAGUGAGAGGGGAAAAAAAAAAAUGAAAGGAACUCAACAUAAGGACUCAUUUUGUAUCACUGGAAGUGGGAUAAAAUGCUGUCUCCAGGGGAGAAUGCAUAUUGCCAUGGUAACCUGCUCUAACCCGUCACAGUGGGUAUUCCUGGGCGAGGAAGAUGACACCGGAGGUCGUGCAUCCGCAGUGCCUGUGGAUGCUGUGAUCCCUGCCAUCAGGAAACAAGCUGGCAGCAAGCCCAGCUUUGCAGGGUGUUUCGCUAGCAACCUGUGUUCAGAGCUGAGCAUGCACUGCAGGUGGACCCUGCCAGGGCACUUCACCUCUUCCCCCUGCUCCAGCUGGAUCCCAAUGCCUUCGGACAUCUCACAGCUCUCCUGCUCGCUGCUGCUGGAUCCCCAUGGAAGUGAUGCACGCUGGCUCCUCACCCCCUUCUGGUCCCAGACAGGUGGUUGUACUGACCCAUGGGCACAAAAUACCAAGUCUUUAAUCAAAGUCUGGAGUGGCAAAAUCCCUCCUGGCCUACCCAGGGCCACCAGAGGCAAAGAGACAGGAUGCUCUGGACUGUUUCAGCAUGACUUCCCUUUGACACAGGGAUACAUGGGACAGGGGAGGCUGUUCUUCAGGAAGCAGAAGACCAGGCUGCCCUGGAAGGACUGGGAGAAGCAGUCUACCCACAAGUGUGCACACACAUUGUACCCCACUCCCAGCACACUGCUUGUGGAGAAGAGGAGGAGGAGGAGGGCUCACAAGAUAUGAGGAGGAAGGACUCUUCCCCCAUGCACUGUAUAGCCACUCCAACCAUCCCAUGUGCUGCAACUGUAGCCCAAUCUGAAGGGCAGAACUGGUGCACUGCAGACUCCGUAUGCGUGUUACUGCUGCUCCACAUUCCCAGCAAGCCAGGACUAGACUCUGCCUGCUGGAUCCAAACCUCUCCCCAACCUCCCUCUCAGGGGAACUUCUCCCUUUACCAUACUGGACUCCACAAUCAUACUUGAAAUGGGACUUGAGUCAGAGCGGUAUAUUUAUAGAUCUAUAUUUUACUUGCAUCAAAUAAUGGUGAAAUAUUGCACAAAACAAAUGGGAUCUAUAUAUGUGUGUGUGUGUAUGUGUGUGUGUGUGUGAGUGAGCAAGAGAGUGAGAGAGAGAUUGUUUUUAAGGGGAUAGACUAGAGGUAAAACAAAUGGGAGGGAGGCAGAGGACAAUGCAGGGGUUGGGGGGUGAAAACCUCCUUUCCCUGCACCUUCUGCAUGACCUCCUCCUACCCUGACCAAUUUUUCUUUGUUGCUAAUAAUAUUUUCUAUAUCUUGUGUUGUGGGACUGAUGAUGACCUUGCCCAUCCUUUCCUUUUUGUUUUCAUUUAUAAGGCAGAAAGUCUGGAUUCAUCUCAACCCUAGACAAGGGACUGCUAUGUUUAGAAACUCACCCAGGAAAGGAGAAGACAGGAAAGGGGAGAAAAGAGCGCUGCUGAGAAAAAUGAAGGCUGGCUGCUGUGGGAAGUCCCACUGGAAAGCAGAUACUGGGCUUGGAAGGACGAGGACCUGUCCUCUUUCAUGCAGAGUAACAGGGUUCACUGGGAAAUGCCCACUUUAUACCACUGUUUGCAAACAGGCUCUUUACUCUGUUCCCUAGCACACCUGGAAAACAGGCUGCCCUAGUGUGACCGAGCUGCUGCACUGUCCACAGGCACUCUAGGGAACAUGGUACGCAGCGUGGUCAGAAAUGAAGCUCUCCUGUGGGAUGCUGGAUACAGAAUGAGACCCAGUGCUCCUUUUGUGCCCAGGCAAUGGGUUCCUCUGGUGUGUGGGGACAGGGGCUCCCGUUCCCCCUGCAGGCAUGGCUAGGCAUGGGGGGAAUCCCCCUGAACGCACCCUUUGCUGCAGGCAGGAGUACCAAUGCCACAGGCAGAUGCCUGCCCUCAGGAAACGGUUUUCUGGGGCGGGCAGGUCCAACAUGUGCCAGGGCAUGUAGGGGCUGGCAGGACCACCAGAAACACCCCUUCUGCUCCCCCUGCUGCCCUUCCCCACACACCCACCUGUAGUACAGGCAGGCACAUUUCUUGCAGGGAACAGAUGGCACUUGUAAUUUCUUUUUCUUUUUGUUACUGUUUGAAGGAGAGCAACAAGAUUUUCUAAAAUGAUUGAAUGGAGGUUUCUUUGGCAUGAGACAGAAAAUUUUUAAAGGUAUAUUAUAUUUCUGGCUUGUUGUUACAGAAGAAUAAUAAAGAAUGUAUUUUCCUAUG